UAUUUUCAUUGCUCAAGUCCUUGUUUCGUUUCAAGUGUUUCGUGUUCCUUCCAUUCCAUUUAGAUCGGAUUCGUUUCGCCAUUUUGGACUCUUGCUGGAGGAAUAAUAUUAUUGAGAAUUGACCCUGAACGUGUAAGAUCCUGCUUUAUUUUGUGAAGCGCCGUAACUUCAGGAGAAUUUCAAUCUUCAUCCGUUCUACAUUUUCAUCUGAGAAAUGGCAGAAGACUUUGACAUCGAGGCAUUACUUGAAGCUCCAUACAUGAAAGGGGAGGAGAGCGGCAGUAGCAAGAAUAAAGAGAAUGGAGCAUCCAACAACCACAAGUCAUCAUCAGGAGAUGACAAGAAAGACAGCCGAAACAGAGACCGAAAGAGGAGUCGCAGCAGAGAUAAGAAGAGAAGUCGCAGCCGUGAUAAGAAACGUAGCCGUAGCCGUGACAAGAAGCGUAGCCGUAGUCGUGACAGGAAACGCAGCCGUAGCCGAGACAAGAAGAGAAGCCGAAGUCGGGACAAGAGACGAAGCAGGAGCCGAGACCGCAGUCGUAGGAAGCGUUCUCUCACUCCUAUACUGCUUCCUGGCAGGCGAGAACCUUUCCCCAGGUUCAAGAAAGCUUCACCUCCAAUCGGACUACGUGCUGGUCCUGUUGUGGACGACCUGUCACCGGAGGAGCGAGAUGCUCGAACGGUGUUCUGCAUGCAGUUGUCACAACGAAUCAGGGCCAGAGACCUGGAGGAGUUUUUCUCCUCUGUUGGCAAAGUUCGGGACGUGAGGAUGAUAACUUGCAACAAGACCAGGCGGUUCAAGGGCAUCGCUUACAUUGAGUUCAAAGACCCAGAAUCUGUUUCAUUGGCUCUCGGACUGAAUGGACAGAAGCUGCUAGGAGUGCCAAUCAUUGUACAACAAACCCAGGCAGAAAAGAACAGAGCAGGAAAUUCCAUGCCAAAUGUGAUGCCCAGAGGUAUGCCUGGACCCAUGAGACUGUACAUCGGCUCCCUGCACUUCAACAUCACAGAGGACAUGCUCCGGGGUAUCUUUGAGCCCUUUGGCAAGAUCGACAGCAUCCAACUCAUUACAGACUCCGACGGCCGCUCCAAGGGCUACGGAUUCAUUACAUUCCAUAACUGUGAGGAUGCUAAGAGAGCUCUGGAACAGCUGAAUGGGUUCGAGCUGGCUGGCCGACCCAUGAAGGUGGGUACAGUGACGGAGCGGGCAGACUUCUCCCAGGGGCCAUCCAUGCUGGACAAUGAUGAUCUCGACAGGACUGGUAUUGACCUGGGAGCAACAGGCAGGCUGCAUCUCAUGUUUAAACUAGCUGAAGGUACCGGAAUGCAGAUCCCGGCAGCGGCUGCUUCAGCACUGAAUGUGAGUGGCAUGCCAUUGCCAGUUGUGGCACAACCCACCCCACCCAUCGCGACACAGUGCUUCAUGCUGUCCAACAUGUUCGAUCCGCUGGCGGAGAGUCACUUGGGCUGGGACGUGGAGAUUCGUGAUGACGUCAUAGAAGAGUGUAAUAAGCAUGGAGGCGUGCAGCACGUGUAUGUGGACAAGGCCUCGCCACAGGGCAAUGUCUACGUGAAGUGUCCCAACAUCAAUACCGCAGUGGCAGCUGUUAAUUCCCUCCACGGCAGGUGGUUUGCGGGGAGAGUAAUAACCGCAGCGUACGUUCCUCUAGUCAACUAUCACAGCCUGUUCCCGGACACCAUCGGGGCAAUCAGUUUACUGGCACCCACAAGAUUGACUCUUUAAUUUUUCCAUUACUUGUAAAUACAACCAUAUCAAAUUGCUGUUCUCAUUUGUAUAGUUUCUAUUUUUGUUGCAAAGUGUAUUAUUUCCUGUGUUCAGUGUGUAUCAUUCGCACAUAUACUUUAUACUGUACAUACUCUUGAAUAAAACUUAGUUAGUGGUC